AUGUUGGCCAAGCCGUUGGCGGGCGAAUCGAAACGCAUCACUUUGGUGCUCCAACAGCCGCCGGGCGGUAGCGCUCCCCCCGGCCAACGCCACGUGGUGUUGGGUAGUUUACCGGGCAAGAUCGUGUUGCAGGGCAACCAAUUGGCCGCUCUCGGUCAAGCCAAAGGGACGCCGGGCCAACCCGCCAAGGUGGUCACCAUCCAACUUCAGGUUCAACAACCGCCUGCCGGCCAACCAGGAGCUCCUCAGAAGAUCCAACUCCUCCAGCAACCCGCCGGCGCCGGUGGGCAGCCGGCUCCCGUGGCCGUCUCCUCCGUGCCGCAGGUCGUGGGGGGGACGGGGCAGAGGUUGACGGUGCCGUUGAAGGUGGUUCUACAGCCCCAGGCCGGCUCGUCUCAGGGCAGUUCUCCCGGUCUAUCGGUGGUGAAGGUGCUGAGCAGCAGCGAAGUAGCCGCCCUGGCCAGCCCCGGCUCGCGGGGCGCCUCGGAAGAAAGCCGCAAGCUGGAGCACCAGAAGAAGCAGGAGAAAGCCAAUCGCAUCGUAGCCGAGGCCAUCGCCCGUGCCCGAGCCCGGGGCGAGCAGAACAUCCCCCGUGUCCUCAACGAGGACGAGCUGCCCAGCGUCCGGCCCGAGGAGGAGGGCGAGCGGAAGCGCCGGCGGAAAGGGGCCGGCGAGCGCGGGGGACCCAAGGAGGAAAGACCCCGCAAGGGCAAGGGUCAAGGUGGCUCCGGCAAGAGCAAGGGGCGCAGCAAACCCAGCACCAUCACACCGGUGGUGGGGAAGAAACGGAAGCGCAACGCCUCCUCCGACAACUCGGAUGCCGAGGUGAUGCCGGCGCAGUCGCCGCGGGAAGAAGAAGAAACCAGCGUGCAGAAACGGCGGUCGAAUCGGCAAGUCAAGCGCAAGAAAUACACUGAAGAUUUGGACAUCAAGAUCACCGACGAUGAGGAGGAUGAAGAGCUGGACGUGACGGGGCCGGUCCGACCCGAGCAACCGCCGGUCCCGCAACCCCCCGCCCCGGAGCCGGAGCCGGAGGGCGAGACGUUGCCCUCCAUGCAGUUUUUUGUGGAAAACCCCAGCGAGGAGGACGCGGCCAUCGUGGACAAGGUCCUCUCCAUGAGGGUGGUGAAGAAAGAGCUUCCGUCGGGGCAGUUGAUCGAGUUGGAGGAGUUUUUCGUCAAGUACAAGAACUACUCCUAUCUCCACUGCGAGUGGGCCACCAUCGACCAGCUGGAGAAGGACAAGAGGAUCCACCAGAAGCUGAAGCGUUUCAAGACGAAGAUGACGCAGAUGCGACACUUUUUCCACGAGGAUGAAGAACCUUUUAACCCCGACUACGUGGAGGUAGACCGUAUUUUGGACGAGUCCCACAGCAUCGACAAAGACAAUGGGGAGCCGGUGGUCUACUACCUGGUGAAGUGGUGCUCCCUACCCUACGAGGACAGCACUUGGGAGCUCAAAGAGGACGUAGACGAGGGGAAGAUCAGGGAGUUCAAACGCAUCCAAGCGCGACACCCGGAACUCAAGCGUUUGCCCCGUCCCCAAGCCGGUUCCUGGAAGAAACUGGAGCUCUCCCACGAAUACAAAAACCACAACCAGCUUCGCGAAUACCAACUGGAAGGGGUCAACUGGUUGCUCUUCAACUGGUACAACAGGCAGAACUGCAUUUUGGCCGACGAGAUGGGCUUGGGCAAGACCAUCCAGUCCAUCGCUUUCUUGCAAGAAGUCUACAACGUCGGCAUCCGGGGUCCUUUCCUGGUCAUCGCUCCGCUCUCCACCAUCACUAACUGGGAGCGGGAGUUUAAUACCUGGACGGAGAUGAACAGCAUCGUUUACCACGGCAGUUUGGCCUCCCGGCAGAUGAUCCAACAGUACGAGAUGUACUGCAAGGACUCGCGGGGUCGUCUCAUCCCCGGAGCCUACAAAUUUGACGCUCUCAUCACCACCUUCGAGAUGAUCCUCUCCGACUGCCCCGAGCUGCGGGAGAUCGAGUGGCGUUGCGUCAUCAUCGACGAGGCCCAUCGCCUCAAAAACCGCAACUGCAAGUUGCUCGACAGCCUCAAGCACAUGGACCUGGAACACAAAGUUCUCUUGACGGGCACCCCGCUCCAAAACACGGUGGAAGAGCUCUUUAGCCUGCUGCACUUCCUGGAGCCUUCCCAGUUCCCUUCCGAAGCAGAAUUUCUCAAGGAUUUUGGGGAUCUCAAGACCGAGGAGCAGGUGCAGAAGCUCCAGGCCAUCCUCAAGCCCAUGAUGCUCCGUCGGUUGAAGGAAGACGUGGAGAAGAACCUGGCGCCCAAGCAAGAGACCAUCAUUGAGGUGGAGUUGACCAACAUUCAGAAGAAAUACUACCGGGCCAUCCUGGAGAAGAAUUUCUCCUUCCUUUCCAAAGGCGCCGGUCACACCAACAUGCCCAACCUCCUCAACACCAUGAUGGAGCUGCGCAAGUGCUGCAACCACCCCUACCUCAUCAACGGCGCGGAGGAGAAGAUCUUGGCCGAAUUUCGGGAGUCUUGCCACCACCACGUCCCCCACGACUUCCACCUCCAGGCCAUGGUCCGCUCGGCCGGCAAACUGGUUCUCAUCGACAAGCUGCUGCCCAAGCUGAAAGCCGGCGGCCACAAGGUGCUCAUCUUCUCCCAGAUGGUGCGAUGUCUCGACAUCUUGGAGGACUACCUCAUCCAGAAGAGGUACCUCUACGAGCGGAUCGACGGACGGGUACGGGGCAACCUACGGCAAGCCGCCAUCGAUCGCUUUAGCAAACCCGACUCGGAUCGCUUCGUCUUCCUCCUCUGCACCCGGGCAGGCGGUUUGGGCAUCAACCUGACCGCCGCCGACACCUGCAUCAUCUUCGAUUCCGAUUGGAAUCCCCAAAACGACCUCCAGGCUCAAGCGCGGUGUCACCGGAUCGGGCAGAGCAAGGCGGUGAAGGUCUACCGCCUCAUCACGCGCAACUCCUACGAGCGGGAGAUGUUCGAUAAAGCCAGCCUCAAGUUGGGGCUGGACAAGGCCGUGCUGCAGUCCAUGAGCGGACGCGAGGGCAACAUCGCGGGGAUCCAGCAGUUCUCCAAAAAGGAGAUCGAAGACCUGCUGCGCAAAGGGGCCUACGCAGCCAUCAUGGAAGAGGACGACGAAGGCUCCAAGUUCUGCGAGGAAGACAUCGACCAGAUCCUGCUGCGCCGUACCACCACCAUCACCAUCGAGAGCGAGGGGAAGGGUUCCACCUUUGCCAAGGCGAGCUUCGUGGCUUCCGAAAACCGCACCGAUAUUGCGUUGGAUGACCCCAAUUUCUGGCAGAAGUGGGCCAAGAAAGCCGACCUGGACCUGGACCUGCUGAACAGCAAGAACAACCUGGUGAUCGACACGCCGCGGGUGCGUAAGCAGACGCGACAUUUCAGCACCCUUCGGGACGACGACCUGGUGGAGUUCUCGGACCUGGAGAGCGAGGAUGAGGAGAGACCUCGAUCCCGUCGCCACGACCGGCAUCACCACGCCUUGCACCACGCCUACGGUCGCACCGACUGCUUCCGCGUGGAGAAGCACCUCUUGGUUUACGGCUGGGGUCGAUGGCGGGAGAUCCUGUCCCACGGGAGGUUCAAACGCCGUCUUUCGGAGCGAGACGUGGAGACCAUCUGCCGGGCCAUCUUGGUCUACUGUCUCCUGCAUUACCGCGGUGACGAGAACAUCAAAGGCUUCAUUUGGGAUCUCAUCAGCCCCACCGAAAACGGCAAGGCCAAGGAGCUCCAAAACCACUCGGGUCUUUCCAUCCCGGUUCCUCGAGGUCGUAAGGGGAAGAAGGUCAAGUCCCAAAGCACCUUUGACGUCCACAAAGCCGAGUGGAUCCGCAAAUACAAUCCCGAUACCCUCUUCCAAGACGAGAGCUACAAGAAGCACCUCAAGCACCAAUGCAACAAGGUUCUGCUGAGGGUGCGGAUGCUCUACUACCUGCGGCAGGAGGUGAUCGGGGACCAGGCGGAGAAGGUGCUGGCAGGGGCAAUGGCCAG